GUCAUGUCUUCCACCGUCACGCAUUUGGAACCACAUGGUGGGAAAGUGUCUCCACAGAGUGAAGUUCGCCUGUAUUCAGAUGUGUUUUCUUUAUUGUUUUGCCGUCUAAUAAAAUAAAAUGUCGCAGGUACAGGCCCGGUUCUUUACCGAAAACAAAAAGUAUCUGAUAGAUGAUGUUCCGUUCUCCAUCCCUGCUGCCUCUGAGGUGGCGGAUCUCAGUGGUGUCAUCAACAAGCUGCUGGAAGCGAAGAAUGCUGGACACAAACAUGUUGAGUUUGAUUUUCUGGUUCGGGGACAGUUUCUCCGCACUUCACUGGCCAAUCACAUGGAGACAGAGAACAUCUCAACGGAAGAAGUGGUGGAGAUAGAAUAUGUAGAGAAGUUCACAGCCCCACAGCCAGAGGAGUGUAUCAUGCACGAUGACUGGAUCAGCUCGGUGGAGGCAGAUUCUGAAUGGAUCCUCACAGGCUCUUACGAUAAGACUGCACGGAUUUGGUCAAUGGAAGGGAAGGCUGUGAUGACUGUGGCUGGACACACUGAUGUUGUGAAGGAUGUAGCCUGGGUGAAGAGGGAUGGUCUGAGCUCUUUGCUCCUGACGGCAUCUCUUGAUCAAACAAUCAUGUUGUGGGAGUGGAAUUCCGAACGGAAUAAAGUGAAGGCCCGACACUGUUGCCGAGGACACGCAGGAAGUGUAGACACGGUUGCCGUUGACCCCACUAGGACAAAGUUUUGCAGUGGCUCAUGGGACAAAAUGCUAAAGAUAUGGUCAGCAGUGCCAACAGAGGAAGAAGAUGAAAUAGAGGAACCCAACAGACCACGCAAAAAACAGAAAACGGAGCAGAUGGGGCUCACACGGACUCCGCUCAUGACUCUUUCUGGCCAUAAUGAGGCAGUGUCCUCAGUGCUCUGGAUGGAUGCAGAGGAACUGUGCAGUGCAUCAUGGGAUCACACCAUCCGUCUGUGGGAUGCAGAGACUGGCGGGCAGAAGAGUACGCUUAUGGGCAGUAAGGUUUUCAACUGUAUCUCUUACUCUCCUCUGUGUCGCCGUCUGGCCUCGGGCACCACCGACAGACAUGUUCGUCUAUGGGACCCAAGGUCUAAAGAUGGCUCUCUAGUUCUCUUGUCACUGACGUCCCAUAAUGGUUGGGUGACGGUGGUCAGGUGGUCUCCAUCUCAUGAGCAUCAGCUGGUGUCAGGAUCUCUAGAUAAUGUGGUGAAACUGUGGGACGUCAGGAGCUGUAAAGCUCCUCUGUAUGAUCUUGCUGCCCAUGAAGACAAAGUACUGUGUGCUGACUGGACAGAGAAUGGGUUGAUCUUGAGUGGAGGAGCAGACAACAAACUCUACACAUACAGAUACUCUGCCUGCGUCUCGGAUGCAGGGGCAUAGGACUGUCUUCUCUCUUGCCAAGACCGCCAUGGGAACAUAAGCUGCGUCUCCUUUGCAUUUAACAGAAAUUGUAUUCUGGAAACCAGCUACAAACAGACAAAACCACCUUACAGCCUUAGAGAGACAAACCCAUCUGUGCAGGUCAUGUGUAAAACCAUUCUUAUGCUCGGUGUCGCAUCUGAUUCAGUGGGUCGAUUUAUGGAUGAAUAGUUUUAAGAAUUGAUUAGCACAAAUUUGUUCUUCGGUUUCAUGAUUAAGGCCUAUUGUCUCAUUCAGUUCUUCAGUAAAUUACCUUAUUUAAUUUAGUGCAACAAUUUACAUAAGAGUGGGUUUACCAAUGAUCUACACAUAGGUGGUUUAAAUGUAAGGCAAAGUCUUAUGUUUUUGUUUGCUUUGAUAUUCAGUGUUUAAUCCUAUGAUACUCAAUACAGUGUCUGAAACCAGUCACGUGUCUGUUUUUACUCUGUUGCCUUUUCAUAUAGAACAAAUAUUAAAUGACUGUUGUUUAGUUGUGUGAGAUUGGUAAAGUGUUCUAUAGUUUUAUUUACUUUAGAAGUUACAUGUUUUAAAUGUGAGUUCUUCCACACAUAACGUCCUGUCAUUAAAUAUUAUACCUUUCCAGAUAUUGUUGAACUUUGGACUGUAUUGUAUGGGAAUAAAUUCUAAGUUAAAACAC